AUGGGUGUUUGCGUACAUGAGGGACAAUUACAUGCCUUAACAGAAUACAUAAAUGGUGGUUCUUUGGAACAGUUAUUGGCCAACAAAGAAGUAGCAUUGAGUGCUGCUGCAAAAUUAAGACUGGCAUUGGGUGUAGCUAAAGGUAUGGAGUAUUUACACGGUGCAGGCAUCUUUCACAGAGAUUUAACCAGUAAAAAUGUGUUAGUAAGAAAUUUACCAGAUGGACGUUUUGAGACGGUAGUGGGAGAUUUUGGUUUGGCAGCCAAAAUACCCGAUAAAAAACAAAAGACUCGUUUGGAAUAUGUGGGUUCACCUUAUUGGGUUAGUCCAGAAUGUUUAAAUCAUCUCUUCUAUGAUGAACGCAGCGAUGUGUUUUCCUUCGGCAUUAUCUCUUGCGAGAUUAUAGCACGUAUAGAGGCAGAUCCCGAUAUAAUGCCUAGAACCGAUUCGUUUGGUUUUGAUUAUCUGGCAUUUGUUGAUUUGUGUCCCAUGGAUACACCACCUGCAUUUUUAAGACUGGCUUUCUACUGUUGCAUAUUUGAUCCAAAGAGUAGACCUACGUUUCACGAUGCCGUCAAGAAAUUGACUUCGCUUUUGGAAAAAUAUGAACAUGAUCCCAUGGGUUGCAAUGGUUCAUCUAGCUCCACUAUUAGUGCCAGUUCUAGCCCUUUGAGUUCAUUGGAAAUUACCUGCUCGCCUAAUGGCAGUGAUUCGGAAAAUUUCUGUCAAGCUUUAAAUCACAAAAAUGGCUGUGCCCGUCAUUUGGCCAUUAAGAAAGCCUUAAUAAACACCCCUUUAACAUCGGCUAUUAGUACGGCGCCUGCUGGUCACAUAACACCAAGACACUUAAGAGAAGUCAGUGAAAAUGGUUUCCUGUUUCCCGAGUCGGAAAAUCGUAGCAAUUCUAUACCAAACGGGGGAUUUAGUGAAAUUGAUGAAAACCGUAUAAUUAAAAAUCGUGUUAAGAGAGCAACGAAAAAAUACGAAAAUAUGGCUGCUGCUGAGUUAUUAAUACAACAGCAACAUCGUCGUUCGCUGAGUGAAAACAUUAUACACUUUCCAUUGCACACAACGCCCAGCGAUAAGGCGAGAUGCCAUCAAAUGCAGCGACAAAGAUCCUCUACGCAUUCCCCAACUCCACCACCGGUGGGUGGUUUUACAAGCACCAUCAUUGUAACUGCAGACACCUUGCCAACCCGUGAAUCCCCGCCACCAGUUUUAACGCUACGCAAAGUAGCCGAAACCAUGUGCCUCAAAGAUCCCCAAUACAAACCCAUAAGGACUGAUAAUAAUGGUGUUAAAUCCAACCCUUUCACAGCUAUGGCUCAUUUGAAGGGCGUGAAAAAGAUUUUGGGAGCAAAUCCCAAAAUCUACGCAGCUGGAGGUGGGGACUUGUUUAGUUCUUGUUUUGAAAUAUGUGCUCCUUUCUUCAAGGAGUUGGUAGCUUUGCAGCAGAAGACCAUUAUAGGAGAAGAUGGCAAAACUGUGGUAACCACGCCCAAUGAACCAAAGAGUCUACCAAUAUCACCACAAUUAACACGAAAACUAAGUGCUAUUGAGAUGAAACUGUCGCCGACACUAAAUCUGCCACGUUGUACAUUGGCCGAUGAAGAUGAUGAUUGUGUGGAUGAGUCAGAUGCCGAACAGGAUGCAGAUGGUGGUGGCAAUUGUGCUGAUGCCGAAUCGAGUAGUGAUGAUUCUGCCGAGAGACCCACUCCCGCCCCAGUGGCACGAAAGUAUCGAGCCAACUCUCUGUACACCCAUCCACUGUUCCGUGGCACAAGUGGCAGUAGUAAACUGGAAGAUGCAACUGCUUUAACAACUUCUUCUUCAGCAGCUAAUGUAAAUAUAGAGGAUUGCAAUUCCUCCGAAGAUGGAUGUGAGGAAGGCUUGAAAUCAUCCAAAGAUGUUCCUCUAACAGCCUCAACACCUUCGCCUCCAACGCCACCACCACAAACUUCAGCAACUUUGGCAGCCACACCUGCUUCCAUGUCAUCUUGUACGGAAUUUGAUUUGAACGAACUGAAACCGAGCGAUUUUCUACCCACUAAAAGUUCAUUAACGCGGCGUGAUUCUAUAGAGAGUGGAUUUUAUUCCUGUUUCAAUGAGGAAUCCGAUGCUGCUACAACAUAUCGUCAGUUCAAUGGUGCCGGAGUAUCGUCGCUGGGUUUGGGUUGCGGUGGCAGUAAUUGUUGUUUUGAACAACUCAAGUCUCAGCUGAUGUUGGAAGUGGGUGCCAAUGGUGAAUUGAGUGAUAAAUUGGCCAGUCUAUGCCGCUGUUGCUAUUACGGCUCCGCAUCACAAAGCGGUCAACAUCAGCAGCUGCUUAACGAUUCCUCUUCCACCUCCUCCUCUGUGCUGCUUAUAGAUGAACCUACCAGUAGUGCAGCAGCUGGUGGCAUUAAUACUUCCUCGAGUGCUGCGGCUUUAAGAUCCUUAGAUGAUUUGGAAUUACCGGAUGCAGCACGCAGUCAUCGACGCUACACUUGUCACCAUCAUCUGUUGGGAGGCAAUAAUUACGAUCCUAACUUUACAGCCACUGCUGGUUUAAUAAAUAGAUUAGCUUUGGAUUCUGAAAUAAAUUCACUGAUGCAACGCAGUCCCUUUGCUACCAAUCAAUUGUUAUAUUGUAAAAAUCGCACCUCCUCUAUAUACACCGAUAGUUCCGAUGACAUCAGCAGUUUAGCCGGUUCGGAUUCCCUGCUAUGGGAUGAUCGUUCAUUUGCCUACCCCACCAGUACAAGAUCGGCACAAAUUGCAAAGAUUGUGGAAUAUUUCGAACGUAAAAGACAAGUACCUGAUAGUACACCUCCACCACGAGGUACCAGCGCAGCAGGUGGCAGUGGUGUGGGUGGUCAUACCUCCACCGCUGGCAGUGGUUCAACUUCAUCAUCCUCUUCAAUGGCGGCUGCAGUGGCAGCAUCUGCUUUAGGUUCAUCCUAUAUGUCAUCCUAUGAAGCACGACGUUAUUCCGAUUUUAAACGUCAUGCAGCUAUUAAUUCAGAUUAUGAAGCCUUCUGUUUUGAACUGGACAAAAAGCCUUCUCAGGCUAGACUGAUGGUGUGUGAGGGAGCGGUAAAAUCGAAAUUACAAAUAUUCGAUAAAUUAAAACAACAACAGCAGCAGCAGCAGCAACAAACAGCCUGUAAUAUAGCUUCCACUAGCACGAACAUAAGCCAAACUCCUGUAGGUUCGGUGCAGGCCUUUACAAAUUCCUUACAUCACCAUUUAAAUACUGCAGCAGCCACAGUAUCGACAGCUACUGCAUUGGCUACUACAACGACUACGCCAACUGGUUCUAUAACCCCAACUCAGACAACCACGAGUGCUACUAAUUGUCCACAAAUUAAUACAGCUGGUUAAAUGCUCCUCCUCAAUAACCUUUUGUUUUUAAGGCAGCUUGUUUAAAGUUCUUUCCUAGUUUUCGCCUCUUAUUUUCGGAUUAUUUUUUUUUUUUUUAAUUUACAAUCUGUGAAAUUUUAUUAUAUUUUUAAGUUUGUUAAAUAAUUAUUUUUUUCUUUAUCUAACACCUGCUGUUAUUUUUACUAUGUUCCUUUCAUUUUUCACUCUCCUUUUAGUUUCUAUCUUUUUUUUUUACAAACCUAAACCAAAAAUUUGUGUUUGUUUAUUUUUUUUCAAGAUUUUUUGCUGAAUUUAUUUGAAAUUAUUUUUUUCUUUAUUAUUUAUUUGUUAUUGUUGUUGAAAUUUUAUUUUCUUAUAGAUUUUUCUUGUUUAAAAACAAACAAAUUAUAAUUUUUAUAGAGUUUUUGUUGUUGUGUUUUCUUUAUUUUCCUUUGUUUGUUUUUAAUAUGAUUUAGGUUUUCAAAUAAGGGAUUUUAUGUUUCGAAACUUUAGAAAGUAGGGAGUCAUUUAAAAAUUCAUCAAAUCAGAACAAACUGUUUAAAACAACAAACUUGGAAUCUGUUUUUUUUAAUUACAACAAAAUGAAGUUUAUAAGCUAAACAAAAGAUCCUGAAUUGUUAACCAAAACCAGUUAUUUUCUUUUCCUUUUCCCUGCAAUAUCUUUAUAGCUUUUGUAUAGAACUAACAUAUUCAAUUUGUCGAAGAAAAAGUACUAAAAAAUGUGUGCAAAAUUAAAAUAAAAACAAAAUAAUUAUUGAAAUGUUUUUAACGAUAAUGCCAAAAGUAAUUAUGUAUAAUACAAAAACACAUGUGUAUAAAAUAAUAUAUAUUUAAAAUAAUUUAAUUUUUAAUAAAUAUACAAAAUAAAACUUUCAUAAAAGUCUAUAAAUAAACUAGUCCUCCUCUUUUUAUUUUUAAAAAUUAAACAAAAAUACAUUUUCAUUAAAAAAAAAAUACUUAAAAAUAUUCCCUAAAAUUAAUAAAAAAAAUUAAAUUUAAUUAAAAUUAAACAAAAAAAUUUCAAACAGCAAAACAAUUAUAAAAAAUUAUUAGAAAUAAAAAAAAAUCUAAAAAAUUAAGAUAAUUGUUUGCAAUUAACAGCCACUAUAAGAAAACCUGUUGCAAAAAAAAUUUUUUGUUUCCCUGAUUCUGCAUAAAGCGAUAAAUCCAGUUAAAAAUUACUUUAUUUUUAAUGUUUAAUGAAAAAAAAGCUGUUUGAAAAAAAUAUUCGAAAAACAUUUAUUUCAAAUAAAAAAAAUAUAUAUAUAGGGAAAAUUAACCCACAAAACAUAUUCCUUAAAUUUACUUGAUUCUGGUAUACUCUACGAAAGCCAAGCUGUUAAAAGUUUAUGUAUACAAUUAAUAUUUAUUAUUAAACACUAUAUUAUUAUUUAUAAACUUUAAAAAUUAUUUAUUUAAAAUUAAGCCAAUUUAAUCACAACAAAAAACAAUAAUAACGAAAGUGUAUAAAAAAUGAUAAUAGUUAAAAUAUUUAAAUAAAUAUUUAUACCUUAAGUGUAUGUAAAAAAUUGAGUUAAAUUAAAACCCUAAAUUAACAAAAAGUAUUUUUCUUUUCUUUAGUUUAUUAAAAAUACUUACAAUAAUCAUUUUUAGUAUUAUUAUUAGUAAAAAGGGUUGUAAGACUUAAAACAUGAAAAAAAAAGAAAACAGUAAAAUUACAAAAAAAUGAAAUUAUUUAUGCACUUAAAACAUUAACCAAGAAAAUUAUUAAGAUAAAUUGUAUAUUUUA